CUUUGAAUAGAUAUCGGUUGAGCAGCCAUUGCGCGUUUUUUGCCAGGGAAUGGACAACGUCGAGGUCGGCGCCAAGGCCAAGAAGGCCGAGGUCCUGCCCGUCUGCGUGCGGCGCGCGUCCUUUGCCGCCUUGCCCGAAAUACCUGCGAUCAACGGCACAAUCCCGCGCGUGCGCACCGACAUGAACUUCAAGGGGCUCCAAGACCCGUACUCGGCGUGCCACUCAGUGCUCACGAGCUCGCUCAACGCUGCGAGCAUCGACACGAUGCUGAGCGGCGGCCUCAAAAAGUUUUUUGAAAAGUACAACAAGCUCGCCGAGACGACCAACUUGCAGCUCCAGACGCCCGAAAUUCGGUUCACGAACCUCGCGUUCUCGGCGCAGUCGAGUGCCAACUCGCUUGCGUCUGGCACGGUUGGCAGCUACCUCCGGCAGCUCUUCUUCCCAUUCUGCUGCAAGCCGCCAAGCGUCGAGAAGACAGUGCUGCACCCGAUGUCGGGCGUCAUUCCACCGGGCAGCAUGACCUUGCUGCUGGCGAGUCCGGGCUCGGGCAAGACUUCGUUCCUCAAGGCGCUCGCCAACAAACUCCCAACCAAAAACACAAACAUCGGCGGCAGCGUGACCUACAGCGGCCUGACGUGCGACCAGAUCGACCUCCGCAAGCUCCUUGGGCUCGUCGACCAGCGCGACAACCACAUCGCGACCAUGACGGUGCGCGAGACACUCAAGUUUGCGGACCUUUGCCUCAACGGCCGCCCAAAAAAGAAGUCGGGGUCGCAGUCUCCGACCAAGGCCGAGGAAAAAAUGGCCGACGUGGCGAAUCUGCGCACGGACCUCUACCUGCACAUCCUCGGUCUCUCCAACUGCGCCGACACGAUCGUCGGCGACGACAUGCUGCGGGGUGUGAGCGGCGGGGAGCGCAAGCGCGUGACUGUGGGUGAGAUGCUCGUCGGCGGGCAAAGCAUUUUCCUCUGCGACGAGAUCAGCACGGGCCUCGACUCGGCGGCCACCUUUGACAUUGUCAACGCACUCAGAACGUGGACCAAGUCAUUGGGCGGCAGCUGCAUUGUGGCCCUGCUGCAGCCACCCCCCGAGGUCGUCGAGCUUUUUGACGACAUCUUGAUGCUCUCGGACGGACACCUGGUGUACCACGGUCCGCGGACGUCGACAAUGCCGUACUUUCAGUCGCUCGGGUUUGUGUGCCCAGCGCGCACCGACCCGUCCAUCUUCAUGCUGGAAGUCGUCGCGGGCAGCGGUACCAAGUACUUCAACCCUGAGCACCCGACACCGGCGCCGACGACGUCCGAGGCGUUCGGGGAGGCGUUCGCAGCGUCGCCGAUGCACGCGGCGGUGCGCAUGUGGCUCAAGAACAGCAGCCUGCAGUACGACGUGACGAGCGUCAAGCGCCUCGCGUUUCUAGCGCGCCGAACGACGCGGUUUAGCCUCGCGUUCUGGGACAGCACCAAGCUGCUCAUGGCGCGCCAAGUGGUCUUUUGGAUCCGCGACAAGGAGCUGCUCUACGGCAAGUUUAUCGAGUCGUGCGUCGAGGGCUUGCUCCUCGGCAUCAUCUACCUCAACUGCGACGCGUCCUUGUAUCUGCGCAUGCUUUUCUUCACGAUUGCCAUUUUUCUGCGCCACGCGUGGCAGCGCAUUACGAUCUCGCUCGCCGUGCGCAACGUGUUUUACAAGCAGCGGUCGCGCAAUUUCUUCCGAACGUCGUCGUAUGCGAUCGCCGAGGCCGUCGUCCAGAUCCCCAUCAACCUCGUCGUCGCGGUCGUCCUCGGCACCAUCUUUUACUUUAUGAGCGGCCUGGCGCACGAGACGUCCGUGUACUUCACGUACCUCGCGAUCCUCGUGAUCUUCCAGCACGUCAUUGCGGCGUACUUCACGCUCCUGAGCUCGAUCGCGCCGACGAUCUCCAUUGCGCAGUCGUUCGCCGCCUGCUCGAUAGUGUUUUUCGUUCUUUUUUCGGGCAACAUUGUGCUCUACGAUCUCAUUCCAACUUAUUGGCGCUGGAUGUACUGGUGCAACCCGCUCACGUGGGCGCUCCGCUCCAUCAUGCUCAACGAGUACAGCAGCACACGCUACUCGCCGGACGAACGCGCUGACAACCUCGACAUGUUUGAGAUCCACCAAGACAACGCGUACAUUGGGUACGGCCUCCUCCUUCUCUUUGGCUACUACCUGUUUUUUACGACGCUGAACGCCCUCGCGCUGCACUUUAUUCGGUUUGAUACGCAAGUGCGCGGGACGGCGCCCCCCAUGGUGCCCAAAGCCGGCUCGGCGACCGCGCUCACGAUCGACACCACGCCGACGCAGCUCCCGUUCUAUCCCGCGCGCAUUGCCGUCCGCGACUUGGACUACUUUGUGAAGAUGCCGUCGGGCGACGAGCGACAGCUACUGCAGCACAUCACGGCGUCGUUUGAGCCGGGCACGAUGACCGCGCUCAUGGGGUCGUCCGGCGCGGGCAAGACGACCUUCAUGGAUGUUCUCGCGGGUCGCAAGACUGGUGGCCGCAUCGCCGGCGACGUCUUCAUCAACGGCGAGCCAAAGAACCCCGCGACCUUUAGCUGCAUCGCCAGCUACUGCGAGCAGAUGGACAUCCACUCGGAGAAGUCGACGAUCCGCGAGGCGCUCGAGUUUUCAGCGUUUCUGCGGCUGCCGCAGACGUUCGAGUUGGAUGCCAAGCUCAGCUUGGUGCGCGAGACAUUGACGCUCCUCGAGCUCGACAAGAUCGCCCACGAACGCGUUCUGAACCUCAGCGUCGAACAGAAGAAGCGCGUCACGAUCGGUGUCGAGGUCGUCGCCAACCCGAGCAUCUUGUUUUUGGACGAACCUACCUCGGGGUUGGACGCUCGCUCAGCGCAGUUUGUCAUGCGCGGUGUCCAGUCGAUCGCACGCACGGGCCGCACGUAUCCAGAUCUUCGAGCUCUUUGA